CAUCUCACUUGUGUAUCAUUCGUGGACGGACUACAGUGUCGUUCGAUCCUCGACGUUAUUUUUCGUGAAAAUAGAUAUAUUGUAUUGACUUUCUUCAAAAAUUUGAGAGAAAUAGAAAGUAGAUUUGUAUUUUUUUCCAUUUUAAUAAAUUGUAAACUCGGAUUGUUUGUUUUUUUUUUAAAUUAAAAAAAAAUGUCUGCGAAUGAUGUUGAUCAUGAGAAGAGGAAGCAAAUCUCAGUGCGGGGAAUUGUAGAUGUUGAGAAUGUUGGAAAUUUUAAGAAGACAUUUAAUAGGCAUCUGCAUUAUACUCUUGUCAAGGAUCGUAAUGUCGCAACAUCUCGAGAUUAUUAUUUCGCCCUAGCAAACAGUGUUAAGGACAAUCUUGUCUCGAGAUGGAUUCGUACACAGCAAUAUUAUUACGAAAAAGAUCCAAAGAGAGUGUACUAUCUUUCUUUGGAAUACUACAUGGGAAGAUCUCUUCAAAAUACAAUGAUCAAUUUAGGAAUUCAGGGAGCCUGCGAUGAAGCUAUGUACCAGAUGGGUCUCGACAUCGAAGAGUUGGAGGAGCUCGAAGAGGACGCUGGUCUUGGAAACGGAGGUUUGGGUCGUUUAGCUGCCUGCUUUUUGGACAGUAUGGCGACUCUGGGUCUGGCAGCUUACGGAUAUGGUAUUCGCUAUGAGUACGGAAUUUUCGCGCAGAAAAUAAAGAAUGGAGAACAGGUGGAGGAGCCCGAUGAUUGGCUCCGAUAUGGAAACCCUUGGGAGAAAGCUCGUCCCGAAUUCAUGCUUCCGGUUAAUUUCUACGGUCAUGUCAUUGAUACUCCCGAUGGCAAGAAAUGGGUAAACACGCAGGUCGUGUUCGCCAUGCCUUAUGAUAAUCCAAUUCCUGGAUACAAAAAUAAUGUGGUCAACACUCUAAGACUGUGGUCCGCCAAAUCGCCGAUUGAAUUUAAUUUGAAAUUCUUUAAUGAUGGAGACUACAUUCAGGCCGUGAUUGAUCGUAAUCUCGCCGAGAAUAUCUCGAGAGUACUAUAUCCAAACGAUAACUUCUUCGAGGGCAAGGAAUUGCGUCUGAAGCAGGAAUACUUCAUGUGCGCCGCAACACUUCAGGACAUCAUUCGUCGUUACAAGUCGAGCAAAUUCGGAUCCAGGGAACAUCAUCGUACGGAUUUCAAUGCCUUCCCGGACAAAGUUGCCAUCCAGUUGAAUGACACUCAUCCUUCGUUGGCAAUUCCUGAACUCAUGAGGAUUCUCAUCGAUAUCGAGGGUCUCAGUUGGGACGAGGCCUGGAAAAUAACAAAGAGAACCUGUGCCUACACGAAUCACACCGUUCUUCCGGAGGCUCUGGAGCGAUGGCCCACGUCAAUGCUCGAGUGCAUCUUGCCCAGACACUUGCAGAUUAUUUACCACAUCAACUUCCUGCAUCUGCAAGAAGUCGCAGCCAAAUGGCCCGGAGACUUGGACAGAAUGCGUCGAAUGUCCCUGGUUGAGGAGGAGGGCGAGAAGAGAGUCAACAUGGCCCAUUUGUCCAUCGUCGGAAGUCACGCCAUCAACGGUGUCGCUAGAAUUCACUCCGAGAUCCUGAAAGACACUGUCUUCCGCGACUUCUACGAGAUGAAUCCAGAGAAAUUCCAGAAUAAGACGAACGGCAUUACACCCCGAAGAUGGCUUUUGCUUUGCAAUCCGAAUUUGUCCGAUAUCAUCGAGGAGAAAAUUGGCAGCGAAUGGGCGGUUCACUUGGAUCAAUUGCAGCAAUUAAAACAAUGGGCGAAGGAUCCGGCUUUCCAAAGAAGUGUCGUUAAAGUUAAACAGGAAAACAAACUCCGUUUGGCCGAACUUCUGGAAAAGGAAUACGGUGUCAAAAUCAAUCCGGCUUCCAUUUACGAUAUCCAGGUGAAACGUAUUCACGAAUACAAACGACAACUUCUCAACUGCUUGCACGUGAUAACUCUCUACAAUCGAAUUAAAAGAAAUCCAUCGGCACCAUUUGUUCCCAGAACAGUGAUGAUCGGAGGCAAAGCCGCUCCAGGUUAUCAUUUAGCCAAGAAGAUCAUCAAACUCAUUUGCAGCGUUGCGAAUGUUGUCAAUAACGAUCCAAUUGUUGGCGAUAAAUUGAAAUUCAUCUUCUUGGAGAAUUAUCGAGUGACACUCGCUGAGAAAAUUAUCCCAGCUGCCGAUUUAAGUGAACAAAUUUCCACUGCCGGAACUGAGGCCUCGGGCACUGGUAACAUGAAAUUCAUGUUGAACGGCGCACUCACAGUUGGCACUCUCGAUGGCGCCAAUGUCGAAAUGGCCGAAGAAAUGGGCAACGACAAUAUCUUCAUCUUCGGCAUGACUGUCGAUGAAGUCGAGGACUUGAAGAGGAGAGGCUACAAUGCCUACGAUUACUACAAUAAACUACCGGAAGCGAAGCAGUGCAUCGAUCAAAUCCAAGGUGGAUUCUUCAGUCCCAAUAAUCCCGAUGAAUUCAAAGACAUCGGCGAUGUUCUCAUGAAGUGGGAUCGCUUCUUCCUUCUUGCUGAUUACGAGAGUUACAUCAAAGUACAAGAUCGUGUCAGUCAAGUCUAUCAGGACGAGACAAAAUGGGUAGAAAUGGCAAUUCACAAUAUCGCAUCUUCAGGAAAGUUUUCAUCAGAUCGAACAAUUGCGGAAUACGCUCGAGAAAUCUGGGGCGUCGAACCAAACUGGCAGAAACUUCCCGACCCACAUGAACCCCGUGAUAUGUAAAUAUUUCUCAUCAAGAAAAAAAAAAGAAAAGAAAAUGAACGUCCACCAGCGUCUACCUCGCAACAAUAUAAAAAUAUUUUUGUGCGGAGUGCUCGAAGCUCUCUUUAUAGAAUAGUACAAAACAGCUUGAAAUCUCAUAAUAUAUUUUAUUCACUAUUUUAUUCACUUGGCUGGUUUCAAAGAUUGAUUAAAUUUAAGAGAAUUGAAGAAAAAUAUUAUAUAUAUAUAUUGAAGACGUUGUUGAGAUAUCGUUCUCCUAACAAAUAUUGCGAUUCAGUGGAAUCAUUAUACUAAUCAAAUUUUAUUUUUCUCGAGAGGCUUAAUUUUUACUUCUAAUGUACAUAUACUUUUUUUUUGUAAAAGAAAAAUAAUCUCCACUGCCGUUUUUACUAUUCGUUUGACGAGUUUUUCUUAUUUUUCUUUUUUUAAAAAGAAAACUCAAUUAUCUGUUAAAACGAAUACUGCUUUAAAUCGGUCUAGUCGCCUUAAAUCAAUAAUAGAAAAUACAGCGUUAAAUUUAUAGGACUAAAUGGAGUACAUCGAACAAGUUCACUAUUUUUUUUUCUAUUCUUCAUUUUUUUGAAUUUAGCUUCAAUGCUGAGUGUCGAAAAAAGUAAUCGAAACGAUUCCUUUUUGAGACAAUUUUUUUAAAUUAAAAAGUUUCUUUUUUUAAACUGCUUUUUAACUUACUUUAACUUCCGAAGUAAAAAUAGUGCCAUUUUUAUCUCUAAAAAAAACCCCAUAGUUUUUUCGAUGCUAAGGGAUAUUUCUUUAUUAAUAUACAUUUUUUUAUAUUAAUAAGGAGAAAAUGAUUUUUUUCCUUUGCCUAAAAAGAGCGAUAUAUAUAUUUGGAAAUAUUUUCCAAAUUCAAAAAUAAAAAUACAUUCUCUAUAUUAUACUCCGAUUAAUUAUAGACAUUUAGUAGCAUAUUUUUGAACGUUUACAUAUAUGAGAAUUAAAUGCUCAAACGUUUUUCUAUUUGUAUCGAUAUCAGAAUUGACUUUACGCAGAUAAAUGGAUAAUUUUAAUAGAAAAUGUAUAAUGAUUUUUUUUAAUUGUUACAGGGAAUAAAAAAUAUUUAGUGUUUAAUAAUUAUCUUUAUGGGUUUUACGAAAUUAUCAUCUGACUGUUAGUGUAUCGCACAUGUCGAAUUAGUGAAAUAAAAAACGUUGUUAUUAA